UUCGUCUCACGCUAUCUGGACCGGAGCACUACAGGCAAAAAUUCGCCGCCAUCAUCAACAAGAAAAGAAAAUGGAGGUCACACCGUUGCAUUGACCGUACGCCAAACGACGUUAAUGCUAACAAAUCAGUAUCUUAAAUAGAAGAGUUCCAGUCAUCAUAGCAAACAGAUAUUCUGUUUGAAAAAUAGUGUCUCUCUGCUAUGGAGGAGAGUGUGAGCCCUGAGCUGGCUCAAGCCCAUGAGCCUGAGCCCAGCCAGGAUCCUGUGGAUACCAGUUCACAAGAACCAACAUCGGUCUCAGACGAAGUCAAAGAUCAAAAAGACCAAGGUGAUGUUAGUGAAGACAAAGUAGAGGACCCUGACAAAUCCACAAAGCCCUUACGCGAGUUUAAGAAGACUUGGGGCUUUCGUCGGACUACCAUUGCUAAGAGGGAAAUCCCUGGAGAAAUGGCAGCGGAGACUCCAGAGGGCAAGGGCGCCCCAGUGCGUCGUAGCGGCAGGCAGGCAAAGCGCACGGACAAACUGGAAGAGUUUCUGGUCACUGUGAAGCGAGGAAGAGGAACGGGCAGGAGAAGUUGUCCCUCACGACUUGAGGGAGGGGAUCCUCCAUCCCAGACCCCAACCGAUGCUGAAACUGCUUCCGAGGCCAGCUUUGACGGAAAUGCCGAAGCCAAAUUAGAGGAACAGAAAGUGGCCUCACCAGAGAAAAGGGGCCGGGGAAGGGCGAGGAGGGCAGUGACACCUAAAGCAGGCGGAGACUCAGUGAGUGAUGAUGGCAGCUCUGAAAACGAAGAUGAGGCUGAAAAUGAAGUAAUGAAAGAGACUGAAGAACACGUUGAGACUGAGGCCAGUGCUGAAGAUGGGAAGGAUGUGGAAGCAAAAAAGGAACAAGCGAUGGAUGUGGAGAUGAAAGAAGAGGAAGAUGUGGAGGAUGGUAAUAAGAGCAAAGAGAAGUCCUCAAAUGAGUCCAUAAAUAGACGUCCUACCAGAGCAGUCAGUAAAGAUUCUAAAAGAGACACUAAACCCAAAGUAGGAGUGAAGCUCCGCAAAGAGAAGAAAGAGAAUGAGGAGGACGAUGACGAUGACGACGAUGAUGAUGAGUCGUCGUCCAGUGAUUGCGACAGUGAUGGUUAUGACCCUAAUGCACUUUACUGCAUCUGCAGGCAGAAACACAACAAAAGGUUUAUGAUCUGCUGCGAUCGCUGCGAGGAGUGGUUUCAUGGCGACUGCGUUGGCAUCUCUGAGGCACGUGGCCGACUGAUGGAGAGAAAUGGAGAGGACUAUGUCUGUCCAAACUGCUACACACAGAAGGGGCAGAUUUCCAAGGCCGGCUCCUCCACAGCAGCUGCAGAGAAUGGCAAACGGCCAGUAGCUGGCCUUCGUAAAACUGAGACCGGUCUCACUACAGCAUCUAGCACUUCUGCAGCCACCACAGAGGACAAAACUUCUGAUGACCUGGGUAUCAAGGGCAGGAUCGAGAAGGCUACCAAUCCUAGUGGGAAAAAGAAAAUAAAGAUUUUCCAGCCGCAGGUGACUGCAGUUCAGGAAUCUUCCCUCCCAAAAUGCAUCGGCCCUGGCUGUGAGAGAGAUGCCCUCCCUGACUCUGUCUACUGUGGGAACGACUGCAUACUCAGACAUGCUGCUGCCGCCAUGAAGAUCAUCACCACGGAUGGAAAAGACUCCAAACAGAAGGAGAGGGGCAAACCCAAAACGCAGAAAAAGACCACAAAUAAAUCACCACAGAAGAGGAGUUCUGGACCAGAAAGGAGGUCCUCUAACCAAGGUGAGGAGGAGGAGUCAGAAUCUGGGACUGAGGAAGAGGAUGAUGAUGAAGACAAGCAUGCAGAGGAGCAUCCGCCGCCUCCGGCCAUGUCAUCCUGGUCCAGUGACCAUAAUUACAUUGCAGUAACGCCAGAAAAGACUACACCCAUAUCAGCAUCUGUGUUAAACAAAGCGUCAGCUCCCCAAAAAGACAAAGAAAAGGAAGGCAAUGAAGAGGUCAAACCAGAGAAGGAGACUGCAUCCGCUGACAAGAAACCCCCUGCUACAAAUAUUGCUCCCAAAGGUGGGAAGAAGUCUCCUGGCUCCAAGGGGACAAAGGCUGCUGCUGCCACCUCUCCUCUUCCCAAAGGCAAAACAAAUGCAGCUCCUUUGAGCAGUGGCAGAGAGUUAAGAAAACAGCCCAUACCGCAGGGCAAAUUGAAGAAGCCGGGACCUCCCCCACCACCAAUUCCGGUUUUAUCUCCUUCAGGCCCCCCUGGAUCUCGCCACCAUGCCUCUGGGGCUCUUCGUGUUGGCAAAAGCACCUUUACUAUCCCCAAAAAACAGCCACAGGCAGGGCCAAAGGAGUCUGCAGAGCCUAGUCCCUCUCCUACCACUAGAACCCCACCUUCCCCAGUAUCAUCCACCCAACACCCAUUGCCUAAACCAACCCAGCCUGCUGCCACUUCUGGCCCUCCACAGCCACCGCCCAACAACCAGAUGAGAUCCAACAUCAGACGAUCACUGACUGAUAUCCUGUAUAAAAGAGUCAGUGACAGUGAUGAUCUCUCCAUGUCUGAGAGUGAAGUGGGAAAGUUGGCCGUCAGCAUUGAGAAGGAGAUGUUUAACCUUUAUUUGAACACUGAUAACAAGUACAAGAACAAGUACAGGUCCCUUAUGUUCAACCUGAAGGACCCCAAAAACAAGGGCCUGUUCUAUCGUGUGAUUGAUGGCGAGAUCAGUCCUUUUAGGCUGGUGAGACUGAGUCCAGAAGAACUUCUUUCCAAGGAGAUGUCAGACUGGAGAAAAUCUGAAAUCUCUGAGAGUCUGGAGUUAAGUGGGAGAUCCCAGCCCAAAAGUGGAUCUAGACAGGAGGGUGCUCCCCCAGAUGUAGACAUGGAGGAAGCUCCUCCUCCUAUGUCUGAUGGAGAUGUAUGUAUGCCUGCCACUUCCCAAUCUCCCUACUUGGCUUCUGCUGCUGACUCCCAAGAGGACACACGGCCUACUUCUGCACAGCAAGCACCAGUCUCUGCUGGUAAAGGCAGCUCAAUGCCAGAUAUCUUCAGUAUUAUGCUAAAAGACACUACAGCAGAGCAUAGGGGUCAUCUCUUUGACCUGAACUGCAAGAUCUGUACAGGCCAAAAGUCUGCAGAUGAUGAACCACCAUCUAAAAAAAACAAAAUGUCUGCACCUAAAAAGCCAGAGCCGUCUUUUAAGUCUAAACCAGAGCCACGACCAUCCAAAUCCCCCGCUGAUCUCCCUCACGUUUCCUCUCUCUCUGGUGUUGAAAUGCCUUUGCCUGAUUCUACAUCUGUGAUGGAGGAUUCAAGCGGUGUAUUUCCUGUGGUUCAGCCCCCAGUCACUGCUGCUGUACCAGCAGUCUCUUCCGUUACAAUAACUCGAAGGGAUCCUCGUACUGCUGGUCACCGGUCAUCUGUGCCUCACAUAGUCCCUGAUAUUCCUGCUAUGCCAGCAAAUAUUCCUAUCUCUGUUGAACCUGCGGUUGUAGAAGCAAAAGGUCCUUUGCCUAUGCCCCCUCCUGCCCCAGCAUCUCUAGCCAGACCUGUGAUGCCAAAACCAGCCUCUUCACAAGAUCUGCGCAAUUAUGGCUCAAGUACUACCAGUGUGUCAGAGCCCACUCCUGAGGGUGAAACCGCUUUGUUCUUGUCUGGACAAGAGAUGAUGUGGAAAGGAUUCAUAAACAUGCACGCUGUUGCCAAGUUUGUCACAAAAGCCUAUAUGGUGUCAGGAUCAUUUGAGCAUAUUAAGGAGGACUUGCCUGACACCAUUCAUAUUGGCGGUAGAAUAUCACCACACACUGUUUGGGAUUAUGUGGGAAAGUUGAAGACUUCGCUGUCAAAAGAACUGAGUCUCAUUCGUUUCCAUCCAGCGACUGAAGAGGAGGAGGUGGCGUAUGUUUCUCUGUUUUCUUAUUUCAGUAGCCGUAAGCGGUUUGGAGUAGUGGCAAACAGCAACAAACGCAUUAAAGACCUUUACCUCAUCCCUCUGAGCUCAAAAGACCCACUUCCUGCAAAGCUUCUGCCAUUUGAUGGACCAGGUCUGGAACCAGCUCGUCCCAAUCUCCUUCUGGGGUUGUUGAUUUGCCAGAAGGACAAGAAGCGUCCUGGGGCCCCUCUAGAGAAUGAGGAGAAACGUUCUAAAACUCUAAGAGAUGAUGAGACAGGCCUUCCAAAACCAUCCAUUAUUGCUAAAUCUGAAAUAAAACAGGACAAAGUUCUUCGAUCUAGUCUGGAUGCCAUAAGCACAACUCCCCCAGGCACCCCUCCACCCUUCAGUGCCCCUGAGUCUUUAAGUUCUAUAUCUUCUGUGUUUUCCAUGCUCUCCUCUGUGAAAGCACCUGGUGUCAGCACUAGCACAGGCAGUAAUUCUCCAUCCUCCAGUGUCUCAGCACCAUCUACAGCCACUCCACUUCAGACUAUCCUGAAAACACUUUUUGGUAAGAAGAAGCAAGAUUCUGAUGUCUCGUUAUCACCUUCAGAUCAAAGUGCUGUAGAUGUCUCUGUGCCCAUGCUGGAUCCAAUUGUACAGCAGUUUUCUGUAACCAAGGGUAGAGAAGUAGAAGUACAGGACGAUAGACCAUAUGAUCCUGAAGAAGAAUAUGACCCAGGUGUUGGCUAUGGUACUGAAAAUACCCAUAAUACAACAAAAGUAUCUGCUGUCAUUAAGCAAACAGAGGUCACCUCUAUGAUAGAUGAUGUCGCUUAUGACCCUGAGGAUGACUCUCUUUUUAAUGAUGCUGGGGUUGAUCCAGGUGCUAAAAAAUUAACUGAGCAUCAAAAAGUGCUUGAAGACAAACAAAUUGAGGAACAGAAGCACGAGGAUGCAGCUCAUCAGCAAAAACCAGAGACUUUGAUUUCUCAGCCUGUUACAUCUCUGUUAGCUAACAGUCAAUUGCUGCAGCUCGGUAAAAAGGUUGAAGAGUUGGUGGCAAAGAGUUCAGCUGCUCCAGUUAUUAACCAGAGAAGAGACCCAAGGCAGAGUAGAGACCCUAGACAGGCAGCUGCAAAUAGAAGACAGACUUCUGAUUCCACAGAGACAGAGGAGGAAUUUCCUGUUACUACAAAUAAAACAUUUCCACAAGAAGCUACAGUGAUAGAGACAUCACUAACACAAACUUGCUCAGCCGCAGAUACACAAACUGCACAGCUGGACUCUACUGAAGAUACAUCAGUAGAGGAUGCAACCGCAGAUAUUCCCCUUUUGCAAGUUACUGCCACCUUGGAUUCAGUGCAACCUGCCAUCCUGCACCCAGAAGCAUCUAAGUCUGAGGAAGAAGGUGAGGUGGAGGAAGCAAGCAAGAGUGAAGUGGUGCCUUUUCUUGAUAUAGAGAGCACAGAAGUUUCUAUUCCGUUACUAGGAGAAAAGAUUGACCCAGAGUUAGUGGAAAGCUACAUGGAAAACGAACCUGAAGAGGAACACAAAACGAAGGAUGAUCCUAUUGAAUCUGAGAUUAAAAGUUUUGAGGAGGUUUGGCCUAAUUCUGCCAGUAUUUUGAAACCUGAUUCAUCCAUUGGACAGUCUAUUUUAAAAGCUGACCCAGUUUCAUCCAUUGGGCAGCCUAUUGAGACCACUGCAACCACAUAUUAUAACAUUUCAACAAUCAGUACUUUAUCUACAUCUGUACACUCAGGAGUGCCACAUGAUGUCAUCCAAGACAACUCAUCUUAUAUGGAUUCUCACAGUUCCCAUAUACAGCAUAUACCAACAACAAACCCUGCUAACAUUCCACCUCCAAUGUCUUUUCCUCCUCCAAUUGGGCCUCCACCUAUUCUUGGUCCACCUCCAAUGCAAGGCCCACCACCAAUGACUGUUCCACCACCCAUGCAUCUCCCUCCGCCAAUGCAGAUUCCCUCAAUGCAAGGUCCACCUCCUCCCCGUGGGGAUAAUGAUCAUUCUCAAUAUCCACUACCUGCAUCAUAUCCACCUUUCCAGAAUCAGUGGGGUAGCAGUUCUCAGUUUGAUGCUGCUCCAAGAGGUCCACCACCUCCAAAUUUUACCCCACGAGGACCACCUCCAUUCCAACCAAUUGGUCAGAGAGGUCCUCCUCCUCAGAUCUUUGAUAAUUCUAUGAAUUCAAUGCCUCCUCAGCAUAUUGGACCAAGAGGCCCACAUCCAGGGCCUCCACUACCCGGGCCACCCCCUCCCAGCUUUGAUGGACAAAGGUUUAAUGGGCCUCCACCCCCCUUUAGCUUCUCUGCACCUAGGGGCCCACCUCCACCAUUCCCCAGUCCCCCUCCAAAUCCUUUUGUUAAUAGAGCUCCAACACCAUCCCACUUCCCAGGGCCAAGAGGCCCACCUCCGCUUCAUAAUAUUGGGGAUCAUGGCCCUCCAUCUAACAUGUCAAGAGGACCUGGUGAUCAUUUUGAAGAUGGUGGGAACUCUUAUCAUCAGGGAAUAGAGAAGCCCCAGAUACCCUCACACGGGCCUCCUUUUAGGGGACCACCACCAAACCACUUUGAUGGACGAAGAGGUGCUCCUACAGGUGAAAUGUCAGGACAGCGAUUUCCACCUCAAAACCAAUUCCGUGGUUCACCUCAACACAGGGGAUCAUUUGAGGAACCACGGGGAACUUCAUCUCAAGACUUUGAAAGGCACCGGGGACCAUCAGUUCAACAGUUUGGUGGCCCGAGAGGUCCACCAGUAGGACAUUAUGAUAAGGAAGCUGUUGGCCCGCCAGCACGAUUUAACUACAAUGAUGAUAGCCCAAGUGAUGUUAGAGAUGUUAGACCUGUUCGUGGACCUCUGCUUCCAACACCACCUGAAGGUCCCAUCCCAAUACAGGGUCGUAUAGGUGGACACAGCCCAGACACCCACCGCGAUGACCACUGGAGACGUCACUCACCUGAAAUGAGGAGGCGAAGCAGUUCCAGCAGAGACAUUGCAGAGCCACAUAACCGUCCAAGUAGAUUUGAUGGUGGUUCGCGUGACAGAGAUGCCCCCUCAAGAAUGUCUGAAGAGAGGCAACGUGACUUGUCUGAGGAUAGGAGGAGAGACAGAGACAGAGAAGGUGGACAUGGUGGAAGAUCAUGGGGCUGGAACAGGGAACAUGAGCAUGAACGGGGCAGAGAAAGGGAUCGUGAAAGAGACCGGAGCAGGGAAAGAGAAAGGGAGCGGGGUCGCAGCAGGGAAAGGGAAGGAGAACACAGUAGGGAGAGGGAUCGCAGAGAGUCUGACCGAUACGGAGAUGGAGACAAGAGGAGAGACCGGGAUCGAGACCGUGGCAGGGAGAGAGAUCAAGACCGAAAAGACCAUGACCGAGAUAGGGAGAGAGAUCAAGAUCGAAAAGACCAUGACCGAGACAGGGACAGAGAUCAAGACCGAAAAGACCAUGACCGAGACAGGGAGAGAGAUCAAGACCGAAAAGACCAUGACCGAGACAGGGAGAGAGAUCAAGACCGAAAAGACCAUGACCGAGACAGGGAGAGAGAUCAAGACCGAAAAGACCAUGACCGAGACAGGGAGAGAGAUCAAGACCGAAAAGACCAUGAUCGAGACAGGGAGAGAGAUCAAGACCGAAAAGACCAUGAUCGAGACAGGGAGAGAGAUCAAGACCGAAAAGACCAUGACCGAGACCGAGCAAAGAACAGAGACAGAGAUAGAGACCGUGACAGAGAUAGAGACAGGAGAAGAGAACGCUCAAGGAGUCGGGAUCGAGAACGUGGAAAAGACCGUGAGAGAAGAGAUCGGGACAGAGAACGGGACAAAGACAGAGGCAAGGAGAAAGACAGAGACAGACGGGACAGAAGCAGGAGCAGAGAAAAGAAAGAGGAAAGAAAAGAAAGGUCUGACAACUCAAGGGCAAAGUCUACAGAAUCUGAAAACCCAUCAUGAAUGUUAUUCAUCUUGACUGUAGACUGACACAUUUUUUGUUUCUUUCUAAAUUUGCAUGGGUUUGAACGUUGCGUUUGAAAGUCCCUUUUGUACUUUCCUUGCUGAAUAUUUUAUGCUUUUUACUCACAAGUCCUUGUUGUUGAUAACAUCUUCAGGUGUACUUCUUAUGUGGUGAUAAUUUUGUCAGCACAACAUACUCGCCCUGUACUGCUAUUUUAAUGAAAACUAUGGAAAACUUCACAGAUCUUCAGAUAAAAAAAAAAAAACAAGACAUGUAAAUAUGUAUGUUUGUGUAUAUACAGGUAUGUUUUUAACUACUUUUUUUUCUAAAUAGAGAAGUCAUAAGCCAUAUAGCUUUAAAAUUGUUUAAAGGAAAUGUCUUCAAAAGGUCUUUAUAUGGUAAAAGCUUAACCACCGUUUCAUGAAUAUGUCUGAAGGCUAUUGUUAUUGAUUGACCUGAAGGCACUCCAAAUGUUCAUUUCAUUUGUUCAAUAAAUUCUGUGAUUGUAAAAC